CACUAUGAAGCAUGCACAGCAGCCUGCCCUGCCACCUGUGUCAACCCGAUGGCUCCUGCCAGCUGCAGCCUGCCGUGUGUGGAAGGAUGCGUGUGCGACAGUGGUUAUCUUCUCUACAACGAUGGCUGUGUCCCCAGCAGUCAGUGCGGGUGCUGGCACAACGGCAAACACUACCCUGUUGGCGCUGAAUUCUGGACCGAUGACACCUGCUCCUCUAAAUGCACAUGUCCCUCUCGGGGGAGCAAAGUAACCUGCUCUAACGCAGCCUGCCCAGCCGAUCAUUACUGCGGGGUUCAGAACGGGGAACCUGGCUGCUACCGUGAGACGUACGGGAUCUGCCGAGUCCACAACGACCCUCAUUACAACACGUUUGACAGAGAGACUCACCACUUCAUGGGGAAGUGCACCUACACGCUGGCCAAAGUGUGCACCAACUCCAGCUCUCUGCCUUAUUUCAACGUAGAAGCCAAGAAUGAGCAUCGAGGGUACUCUGCGGUGUCCUAUGUGCAGAAAGUCCUGGUGGAGGUUUAUGGACAACACAUAGAAAUAGUUAAGGCAACACCAAAUCGUGUACUGAUCAAUAAAAUAUGGUCAACUCUCCCUGUAACCACAGCUGGUGGGUCAAUCACAGUGAGCAGGAGUGGACGCUACGUUAUCCUAGAGACAGAUUUCAGACUGAGGGUUUCCUAUGACACUGAUCACUCGGUGGAAGUGAAGGUGCCCACCACCUAUUUCAACAGGACCUGUGGCAUGUGCGGUAACUUUAACAAUCGGAGAGAGGAUGACUAUAUGAUGCCAGAUGGGCAGCAAGCCAAGAACUCUAAUGAGCUGGGAAACAGCUGGCGUGUCAAGGAUGACGAUCCUUCUUGUGAUGUCAUUGUCCCACCCAAACCCUGCCCUGCAGACCAAGAGAACCUCUACAGAACUGACAGAUUCUGUGGCAUGAUAACCAAGAGGCCUGGCCCCUUUGGGGUCUGCCACUCCGUGAUCAAUCCUGAGAGCAUCUUUGAGAGCUGUGUCUAUGACCUCUGUGCGCUGAAUGGGAAUGAGCAGCUCUUGUGUAACGCUCUGGCGACCUACGCUGAUGCAUGUCAGGAAGCUGGAGUGACUCUCCCCCAGUGGAGAAACGCCACCUUCUGCCUAGCUGUAAGAGGACCCUAUGUGGUCAUUGAUACCUCUAUUGGCAUUCAGGUGAAGUUUGAUGGUGACCAACAGCUUUUUGUUCAUGCUGAUGAAAGCUUUAAGGGGCAGCUGUGUGGCCUGUGUGGCACAUACACUGACAACCAGCUGGAUGAUUUCCUAAGACCAGACAGAGUCCUGGAACAGGAUUCAAAUAAUUUUGGCAACAGCUGGCGAGUGAAGGAUGACAAUUGGAUGUAA